UGCCCUCAGAAGACAACAUCAGGCAAAUGUUGCAGUAUUCCAUUCAAAUACAGGGGAGUGACCUUCAAUUCUUGCACUUCUGCUGAUUAUCACAGACCCUGGUGCUCCUUGGAUCCUGUGUAUAAGAGGAGAUGGGGCAACUGCAGUAAGUUUAAUUUGACUCCGGUAAAGCAUGACUUUAGUGUGUAUUUCAAAGUUACAUUAUCAUUAUAUCAAAAGAAUUUUGUGUUUUGUUUUAUAGCGUUACCAGUCACCAGAACGUCACCAACUGUUUGCCCUCAGAAGACAAGAUCAGGCAAAUGUUGCAGUAUUCCAUUCAAAUACAGGGGAGUGACCUUCAAUUCUUGCACUUCUGCUGAUUAUCACAGACCCUGGUGCUCCUUGGAUCCUGUGUAUAAGGGGAGAUGGGGCAACUGCAGUAAGUUUAAUUUGACUCCGGUAAAGCAUGACUUUAGUGUGUAUUUGAAAGUUACAUUAUCAUUAUAUCAAAAGAAUUCUGUGUUUUGUUUCAUAGCGUUACCAGUCACCAGAACGUCACAAAAUGUUUGCCCUCAACAGACAACAUCAGGCAAAUGUUGCAAUAUUCCAUUCAAAUACAGGGGAGUGACCUUCAAUUCUUGCACUUCUGCUGAUUAUCACAGACCCUGGUGCUCCUUGGAUCCUGUGUAUGAGGGGAGAUGGGGCAACUGC